GGCUGAAACCCCGUCCCUGCCUCGGCUCUGAUCGCCUCCGUUCCAACUCUAUAAUCUAUUCUAUUCCAAAGACCAACACCGAUGCCAAAAAAGCCAUGUCCGAGCCCUCCAACACCGCCCCCUUAGAACUUCUGGAGCAUCCCCACCCCCACCACCCCCAUCACCACCCACGGCCGCCGGCGUACUCUCCGUCUUCCUCCUCCGCCGCCCUGGCCCGCGACUACCGCAAGGGAAACUGGACCCUCCACGAGACCCUCAUUCUAAUCACCGCCAAGCGCCUCGACGACGAGCGCCGUGCCGGCGGUGGCAGUUCCGCAUCCGGCGGCGCCGCCCCCCGCUCCGCGGAGCAGCGGUGGAAGUGGGUCGAGAACUAUUGCUGGAACAACGGCUGCCUCCGGAGUCAGAACCAGUGCAACGACAAGUGGGACAACCUCCUUCGCGAUUACAAGAAGGUCCGCAACUACGAGGCCCGCGCCACGGCUACCGCCGGCGGCGGCACCGCCGGAGACCGGCCCUCCUACUGGGCCAUGGAGCGGCACGAGCGGAAGGAGCGCAACCUCCCAACCAACCUUGCAGCCGAGGUCUUCGAGGCCCUCACCGACGUCCUCAGCCGCCGGGCAGCCCGCCGCGGCGGUGCCGGUGCCGCAGUCUCCACCCCCGGCUCCUCUCGCGCUCUUCCUCCGCCGCCGGCGCCGCCUCCUCCCCCCGCGCUCACCCCGCCAUCCCAGCCCCAGCCGCCCGCGCCUCCGUUUCCGUUGCCAACUUUGUUGGAGAUGACGGAAACGUCGGGGUCGUCGGAGAACGAGGGGCUGGAACCGGAGGCGAAGCGGCGGAGGCUCCGGCGACUAGGGUCGAGCGUCGAGCGGAGCGCGACGGUGCUGGCGAGGACGCUGCUGGCGUGCGAGGAGAAGCGGGAGCAGCGCCACCGCGAGAUGGUGGAGCUCGAGGAGCGCCGCCUCCGGCUGGAGGAGGAGCGGACGGAGAUGCGCCGCCAGGGAUUCGCCGGCCUCAUCUCCGCCGUCAACAACCUCUCCGGCGCCAUCCACGCUCUCGUCUCCGACCACCGCAACGGCGACGGCAGGUAAAACCGAACCGACCCGCACGACGACCGAACCAAACCGGCUAUACCAACUUAUUUGCUUCUUGGUUUGGGAUGUAAAUAAGGGCCUAAAAUGAUGGUAUUGUUAUUUUUUCCGUGCUAUUAUCCAUUAUUUUUUUGUAUUUUUCCCUUCUAUUUCGUACCACAAUCAGGUGGUAGGGCCCUAUUUCAUUGAUGCAUGUGGUAAUUUAAUGACUAAAAUGACCUUAUUUUUC